CUUCCCAAAAAGACAUGAAGCUACUCAAUGGCGCCAUGGAGUUGAAGCCCCAACUAACCCUCCUCCUCACCCUAACCCUCGUCGCCGCCUUCACCGUCCUCCCUCUCUGCUACCGCUCCCUCGGCGGCGGCCGCCACCGCCACUUCAACAACUUCUUCUCAUCACAACCGCCGCCGCCUGAUCACGGCCAGGCAGCAACACCGCCGCCGGUGCCCGCCGCCGACAAUCAUGACUCGCUGGGGUGCGACAUCUACGAGGGCGAGUGGGUGCCGAACCCCGACGCGCCGUACUACACCAACGCGACCUGCUGGGCGAUCCACGAGCACCAGAACUGCGUCAAGUACGGCCGCCCCGACGGCGGGUUCAUGCGGUGGCGCUGGAAGCCCGACGGCUGCGAGCUGCCCGUGUUCAACCCGGCGCAGUUCCUCGAGAUCGUGAGGGGGAAGUCGCUGGCGUUUGUCGGCGAUUCUGUUGGGAGGAACCAGAUGCAGUCCUUGAUUUGCUUGCUCUCCAGGGUGGCGUAUCCAAUUGACGUUUCCACCACGGCAGACGAAAACUUCAAGCGCUGGAACUACCCGUCCCACAAUUUCACCAUGGCCUCAUUUUGGGCCCCCCAUUUGGUGAAGGCCGACGAGGAAGACUCCAACGGGCCCACACACACGGGCCUGUUCAAUCUCUACCUGGACGAGCCCAACACGGACUGGACGGCCCAGAUCCACGAAUUCGACUACGUCAUCAUCAACGCCGGCCACUGGUUCUACCGCCCGGCACUCUACUACGAGAACCGCCGCCUCGCCGGCUGCCGCUUCUGCCAGCUCGACAACGUCGCCGACCUCCCCAUGUACUACGGCUACAGAAAAGCCUUCCGAACAGCUUUCAAAGCGAUCAACAGCUCGCCGGACUACAAAGGGCUGACGAUCCUCCGCACAUUUUCGCCGUCGCAUUUCGAGAACGGGGAGUGGAACCAGGGGGGAAAUUGCGUCCGGACGCGGCCCUUCCGGCGGAACGAGACGAGGCUGGAAGGGAUCAAUUUGGAGAUGUACAUGGUGCAGAUGGAGGAAUUUAGGGUUGCCGAGAGAGAAGGGAAGGAGAAAGGGUUGAAGUUUAGGGUUUUGGAUACCACGGAGGCGAUGCUGUUGAGACCUGAUGGGCAUCCCAGCAGCUACGGCCACCUUCCCGAUGCGAAUGUGACUCUGUACAAUGACUGUGUGCAUUGGUGCUUGCCCGGUCCGAUCGAUACGUGGAGCGAUUUCUUGCUGCAGACAUUGAGGAUGGAAAAGGUUAGAUCGUAUCAGGAGAGGCUGCAUUCGAGUGACAGGAAGAUGAAGUUUUAGGUAAAUUAAAGCUCUUUGUUACUCCUGCAUUUUUGCAGAUGAUGAUGAUGAUGAUACUACUACUAUGUAUUUGUGUGUUGUAAAAUCUGGAAAUCAAAUGGGUACUAAGAUUCAUGCUACAUUCUUAUUCGAAGUAUGGCGUCGGAUUAUCGAACUCUAGGAGCUAGCAUUUCGGUACCAGUUGCGCGGAUGUUGUUGCUGCUGAGUGAUUUGAGUUGUUGUAGUAUUAGCCACCAUGUCUAGUGCAGCACACUCUUUCAGUUCAGCUAGAACAUUGCUCAUAUCCGGUCUGCGAGCUGCAGUUGAUGCAAUGCAUAACAUGGCUACCUCGACAGCUCUCCAAGCGGAGUUGGUGCUGAAUUCACCUUGCAAUCUGGGAUCGACUAUGCUACGUAUGUCGCCAGCUUCAAUGAUGGGAUUGAUCCAGUGGACGAUGUAGGUCUGCUCUCCUUGCUGAUGCAUUAUGGCUGGCCGCCCAGUUAUUAUCUCCAGGAGAAUGAUUCCGAAGCUGUAAACAUCACUCUUCUUGCUCAAGCUUCCACUAGCAU